AUGAAUGAUGUUAAAGCUUAUGACAACUCCUUUAUCCAAAAAAGGGAUGCAACAGGUCGUUUGGGGUUGUCUUCUAUACAAAAGAUGACAAUUGCAAUAUGCAAACUCGUAUAUGGUUGUGCAGUCGAUCAUUGUGACAAGUAUAUUAAAAUCGGUGAGAGUACUACUAUUAAAGCCCUGAUGACAUUUUGUAAGGCUGUUAUUGGUGUGUAUGGGGAAGAGUACAUGCGCCCACCCAACGAAGCUAACAUAGCACGACUACUUCACGAAGGGGAGGAGAGAGGAUUCCCGGGUAUGCUUGGUUCUAUCGACUUUACCUCAAAAGAUUUGUGGAUCUGGCAUGCAUUCUUUGGAAUGCCUGGUUCAAACAAUGAUAUUAAUGUGCCGGAUUAUUCUCCGGUAUUCUACAGUAUCGUUACUGGCCAAAUUCUUCCGGUCAAUUUCAUUGUGAAUGGCCAUUACCAUACAAUGGGGUAUUACUUAUCUAAUGGUAUAUACCCUAAGUGGGCAAAUUUUUUUGCUCAGAGACAGGAGCCUGUAGGAAUGAUGUGGAACGAGCUUUUGGGAUCUUGCAGAACAAGUGGGCAAUAA